AUGCAGGAACUCAACCAGUCCACUGUGACAGAAUUCAUUCUAUUGGGCUUUGCCCCCAACCCCAGGACAAACCCUCUGCUCUUCACCUUCUUUCUCAUCUUUUACCUGCUCAUCCUUGUGAGCAACAGCCUCCUCAUCACCCUUAUCCACCAGGACUCCCACCUCCACACACCCAUGUACUUUUUCAUCAGUGUCCUCUCCAUGCUGGACAUGUGCUACACAACUACCACUGUGCCCCAGAUGCUUGUGCAUAUCCUCAGCAAGAAGAGGGCCAUCUCUUUUGCUAGGUGUGUGGCCCAGAUGUACAUCUUCCUCCUCUUUGGGGUCACCGAGUCCUGGCUCUUCUCCAUCAUGUCCAUGGACAGGUAUGUGGCCAUCUGCCAUCCUCUUCGGUACAAGGUCGUCAUGAGCCCCCGGAUGUGCCUCCUCUUGGUGGGCAUCUGUGUAGCCUAUGGCAUGGUGGGUGGCCUGUGCUACACCUUCUUUGCUGUGCGCCUGCCCUACUGUGGCCCUAAUGAAAUUGACCACUACUUUUGCGAGGUCCCUGCCGUCCUGAAGCUGGCCUGUGCAGACACAUCCCUCAAUGACUUGGUGGACUUCAUCACGGGCUUCAAUGUCAUCGUGGUCCCCCUCACCCUGAUUGUCAUUGUCUAUGCCAACAUCUUUGCCACCAUCAUGAAGAUCCGCUCAUCCCAGGGACGGAUCAAGGCCUUCUCCACCUGUGCUUCCCACAUCACUGUGGUCACCAUGUUUGCAGUUCCGUGUAUCAUCAUGUACAUGAGUCCUGGCUCUGACUCCUUGUCAAACAAUGGCAAGAAAAUGGCCCUUUUUUAUAACAUUGCCACAGCCUUCCUCAACCCUGUCAUCUACAGUCUGAGGAACAAGGAUGUGAAAAAGGCUUUCCUCAAACUGAUGGGACGGAGCGGGGUCUCAGAGUGAAGCUUUAAAGUGGAAGACCCUGGGAGACAAACAAAGCAGGACUCACACCCACAGCCCCACCAAAGACUCUUCUUCCAUGAGAUCUGGGAGACUGAACUCCAUCAAAUCACACCAUCACCCUGGCCCAGCUGGGAGGGAACUGGGUGCUCAGACAAUGGCAGUAUCUCUAGUGAUGUGGUUGGCGACAGAGGAAAUUGUGAAGGUAGAGUAUGCUGAUCAA